AUGAUUGGCCGAAAGCAGCAAUUGUAUCGGCCUCGUCGCUCCUUUCGCAAGUAUUACUGGGCUCUGCUUCUUGUCUCUGUGUUCUUGCUAUGGCACUCCAACAUACUUGGCCGGCCCAAACAUGCCCACCCAGAGGCGGCAUCGAAACCACUCGCCGCAAGACUCUCGCCCGAAACAUUCGAUGACAUCUUAAGAAAAGAGUCUCCCACAAACAUAAAACUCCCUCACACGCUACCAAAGUCACAACCAAUACUGAGAGUUGGAACUCCAAAACCUCUCGCCUCGCUGAACCACGACGUUGGCGCACACAGCGCUGAGUCCCCAGAUACCCCGGCCGCCGCAGUUGCAGUUGCAGGCGACUCUACUGGUGCGCUCAAGGUCCCCGCCGAUAACGCGGCAUACGAAGAUACCGAAGAUGUCGAUCAAAUCGGAAAAGAUACCGGUGACGAAAUUGUUCAACACUCUGCGCACUUGACUCAUCCAGACGAUGAUGACAGCACUGGGACAGAAAUUGAACAGCCUGUAUUCAACAGUGACAGUCAGGUCAGGAUACAAAGUGAGAAGGCAAAGGUGGAUGAUCUUCUCAAUGCGGAUCAUCCCUCAAAGGAACAAUUUGCUUCUGUUCAAGAAGAGAAAGAUGACGUCGAAGAGAAGGACCAGCCGCAAUCCAGAGGAGAGCCGCGCCCCAUCAUGCCUUUGGAAGAGCAGCCGACAUGGACCGAAAACUACGAAUUUCCCACUGCAGAUGAAUGUCAGGCGGUCAAAGAUAAGGCUGCGGACCUUCCUGAUCUCUUCUACGUACCCUUUGAAGUCUCCGUCAAGGAUGUCGUACUGGAAGGGUGGGAAGAUGACUGGAUUUCAAAGGCACGUUACACAGGGCCUCGGCUAAAAGAACCCAAAAUAGACUUUGUGUAUACGUGGGUAAACGGUUCGCAAUCCGAGUUGAAAGACACUAUGCGACCCUACGAGAUAAACUCUACACUGAAUGACCCAGAGGGUCUCUGGAUUGCGUCGCAUGGCUCCAACAGAUAUCGUGAAUGGGAUGAACUGCGUUAUUCUAUGCGUAGCGUCGAAAAAUAUGCGGGGCACUUCACAAAUCGUAUCCAAAUUCUUGUCAAUGCUUUCAAGAACGAAAAAACGGACGAGAAAUCGCGAACCACAUUCGGCAAGCAACGACCUCACUGGUUGAGGACAGAUUUGAAAAAAGUCGAGGUCUUGUCCCAGGAGGAGUUCUUUGGACCAGAUGAACGAAAGUGUCUGCCUAGUUUCGACUCUCUCACCAUCGAGAAUCAACUAUACAACACAAAAUCUGAAACAGACAGGAUGUUUGCGCUCUCUGAUGACAUGAUCUUGGGCAAGCCACAUUCGGCAUCCGACUUGUACUCGCCGCUAUUUGGUCCUACACUUGGUUUCAAGACCAAUGCAUAUAAUACUUUGCAGCCUCCGACGGAGAAGGAUGCUGAACGCUUCGGCGAAAAACCCUUCCUAAUCUAUACGUCAUGGCUGCUAAAUCGCCGGUUCGGCGCUCGUAAGCGCAAAGGACAGGUUCACUUUGGCCACUCGCUCUCCCGAAGCAUUACCAAAGAAGCAAUCACAAGCUUUCCUGGCCCAGCUAUGAGAAGUGCCUAUCAGCGGUUUCGGGGCGAAACCGGCUUUCAGCUCUACUCAUGGUAUGUAGUUUUUCACUAUACCAUGGAACGGCACAGGGAAGCACUCCUCUGGAGUUACAUCAUGCUACGCAGCGACGUGGACGAUGACGGCUACUUGGACUGGAGCGAACGCCAAAGAAUCGUACGCGAUCUAGCUGAGGGUAUGGGCAAUGACAGUCCCGAAACCUUCCGGCGGCGGAUAUUUUAUCAAGUCGGAAGUUUGCUCGAGCGAGCUGGGCUUAAACCCCCAGUCGUCAACACUGACAUACUGUGGACGUCGCUAGAUGGUCCUAUCCACACUCAGGAUUUAGAUUGCGAUGCGUUCGACCUGGAGAACUGCUUAGGACCAGGAUUUUCCAUGUCUUUUAGCGACGAAGAAGCUCGCAGCCCAGUCUUCUCAGCCGCCACUAUCUUCAAUCGGGUGGCACGCGAGUCCCCGCGCUGCGGAGACUGUCUGAUCAAGCUUGUUCUCAACAGGCGGCGAGCUGGGCUGGGGCCACUUCUGCCCCACCCGGUGAAAAAGGCAAAGCAGCGGGAGACUGUGAUCAAAGCACUGAUGAAAUUUCAGUACACCGUUGUCAACCCAGACGCCAAUUUUUACAUGGUGACUGAUGCCGAGCAAGCCGAACAUGUAUUGCUGAAACCUUACAUCAGGCAUCAUAAGAAGACUGGUCAGAUUUGUUUGAAUGAUGAUGUUGUCACGACUGAUCAGGCGGAAUUGGAGCAUCUUAGGAAAGUAAUGAGCGCGUUGUUUGAGGGCUUACUGCCCGACGUAUCCAGCUACGAAAAGUAG